AUUAUUGGAUACUGUAAAGGCGUGAAUUUUUGUUGUGAAGGCAAGAAGAGAGAAGAUGUUUGAGCCGAAGGAAAGAAACAGAUGACACAGAGAGCGAGAGAUGGGGGCUUCUUCCAAGAACAAGAGCCUAGGAGGAGCCUCGACUGCUCCAAAAAUUAACGCAAAAAGCAAUGCUGAUAACCAAAUCAAAGCAGGCUUCACUCUACUCACAACUUCUCUUCAACAGAACCACAAUCUUCUCAACAUCUGCCUCCUCUUCUUUUGCUCCUGCUGCUUUCUCGAGUCGUCUGAAUCUGAAUUGCCCAACCCACCAACAAUUCUUCGUUCCCUCUUGCUAUUCCACUGCUCAUAAUCCUGUAUUUCCAAUUCAACAAUGCAGCUUCAAUCCCAUCUUUAAUUCCAAGGACAUUGUUCAAUCCUUUAAGGAACGGUUGCAGCUCGGAAAUACCGAAUACUUGGAUCGGAUUUUCGAGAUCCUAAGCGCUCAGCAUAAGGUGGAUGAUCUUGCGCUGUCCCAAUUGGGUCUCCGCCUCACAGAGUCAUUGGUCAGACAGGUGCUUUAUUAUGGGAAUAGCAAGAAUGACAUCUUCUCUUGCCUUAAGUUCUUCGAUUGGGCUGGUCGCCAACAUGGGUUUCGCCACACUCGCUCAACCUUCCACGCCAUCUUCAAAAUCCUCUCCAAGGCCAAGCUUAUGCGUCUCCUGAUGGAUUUCCUUGAUAAUGAUAUGGUUUUCGGCUUUCUCAAUGAGAAGCUCGGUUCAUUUGGAUUUUACAGCACUUUGGUAAUUGGGUACUCUGUGGCUGGGAAGCCACAACUUGCACUCCAAAUGUUCGGUAAAAUGCGAUUUCAGGGUUUUGACUUGGAUUACUUGGGUUAUCAUGUUCUUCUCAAUUCUUUGGUCGAGGAGAAUUGUUUUGAUGCUGUUGGCUCUAUUUCCAGGCAGAUUUCUCUUAGGGGGUUCGAGAACCAUGUAACGCAUUGUAUAGUAGUAAAGAGUUUGUGUAAGCAGAAACUACUGGAUGAGGCCAAGUCAUAUUUGCGCCGAGUAAACCUACUCGGCGAUGGGUAUCUCCAUGGGGACGCGGUGGGUGUUCUUGUGACUGCGCUUUGUCAAAAUGAUCAGUUUGACAAGGCAGGGCAGGUGGUUGAGGAGUUUAGGGAGUUGGGGGUGUUGCCCAUAGGCCCUGUUUAUAACGUGUGGCUUAGGAAUCUUGUUCAGGCUGGUAAGAUUGAUUCGGCUUUGGAGUUCUUGCAGCGGAAAAAGUCAUUAGAAUGCUAUGUUCCGGAGGUUUUUCGGUAUAAUGCUUUGCUAUGGAGGCUCUUAAAAGAGAACCGUCUCACUGAAGCUUGUGAUUUGCUGAUGGAGAUGAUGGAGGGUGGGGUUUCUGCUGAUAAAGUCACAUUGAACGCUGCAUUGUGUUUCUUUUGCAAAGCUGGAAUGGUAGAUGUUGCAGUUGACUUGUAUAAUAGCAAAUCAGAGUUUGGAUUUUCAGCUAGUAGCAUGGCUUGUAAUUAUCUCAUAGAUUCUCUAUGCAAGGAGGGGAAAAUUGAUGAGGCUUACAAUAUGUUGAGGGAUUGUACUGAGCAAGGUUAUUUUCCUGGCAGAAGAACAUUUUAUAUACUUGCAGAUGCUUUUUGUAGAGAAAGCAAGCUUGAUAUAAUGACACAGCUGGUUCUCGCUGCUCUAGAGCGGAAUUUUAUGCCAAGUGAUUCCCUGUAUAAUAAGUUUAUAUCAGCUCUAUGCAGCGCUGGGAGGCCAAAAGAUGGUUACUUGAUACUCAAUGAACUUAAUAGAAUGAAUAUAGUUGCUACAAGGACUACUUACUCAAACUUGAUUCAUGGUUUUAUAAAAUUAAAGAAGGGGGAUAUUGCUGUUAGGCUUCUUGUUGAAAUGCAAAAUAAAGGUCAUAUGGUUAAUCGAACUUUGUUUAGAGCUGUAGUUUGCAGUUUGUAUGAUAUGGAAAACCCAGAAAUUCAGUUCUUCAAGCUGUUGGAAAUGCAGCUCUCUUGUCAUGAACCUGACUGUAAGAUUUUUAACUUCUUCAUUGAUGGAGCUGGGCAUGCAAAGAAGCCUGAAUUAGCCAGACAAGUGUUUGAGAUGAUGCAGAGAAGCGGGAUUGAGCCUAACCUGAGAUCUGACGUUCUUAUGUUACAAAGUUAUCUAAAGAGUGAGAGAAUAUCUGAUGCUAUAAAUUUCUUUGAUGCUUUGCGUCAGAGAAGAGAGAUCGGCAGUAAGCUGUACGAAACCAUGGUUGUUGGUCUUUGUGCAGUCAAGAAAGUCAAUCUUGGUUUGCAUUUUUUCAGGGAAUUCCAGAGUAAUGGAAGGUUUCCUACCGGGGAAUGUUAUGAGGAGCUUAUAAAGCUGCUGUGCUGGAAUAAAGAAUACAAAAUGGUGGUACAUCUUAUUAUUGACUUGGAGAAAGCUGGGCGCCCAGUUACAUCCUUCAUUGGUAACACCCUUUUGUUGCAUUCCUUGAGAAGUUUAGAGCUCUAUGAUUCUUGGGUUGAGGUGAGGGAGGUGCAGAAAUUUCCCAAUCUAUCAGUCCUCGGCCAACUGAUUGGUGCAUUUUCUGGCCGCAUUCAAAUGAGCCACAAUAUUAACUGGGAACAAGUGAUUGAAUUAUGCUUCCCACUUAAUCUUUACACAUACAAUAUGCUAUUGAGGAGACUAGGUAUGGAUAAAAUGGAUGAUGCAUGCGAGUUGUUCAAAAAAUUAUGCCAGAAAGGUUUUAAGCCUAAAGGAUGGACUUAUAAUAUCUUAGUACAUGGCCUUCAUAAGCAUGCAAGGACAGAUGAGACUAGGAGAUUGGCAGAUAAUAUGUUUAGGAAAUGCAUUGGACCUAACAACUCUUGUACAGGUUAACAGUUACAGCAUCUGAAACAUUCAGAACUUCACAAUUUUGGCAAGGAAAAAAAUGAUAGAAAGUUGAUUGAUUACACAGCAUAUCAAAUUCUUCUCUACAUAGCUGUGUUGAUCAUUUGUAAGAUAAGUAUAGUGUGUCAUUCAUAAUUUAAAGCAAUUUUUUUAUUGAUAGAAGGGAUCUUAAGAAUUGAAAUGCAAGAGCUAACUCUGAAUUCAAGUGCAGGGUUCCUUUCCUUAAACUUACUUUAUCUUAAAAACAUGAAGCCUGACCUAAAAUGAUUCUAUAUACAAAUACAUAUGUACAUAUAUGUAUGUGUAUAGUCCCUUACUUUGGUGUAUAUAUGUAUGUAUAUCUUCUAUGAUCAUUUUCAUGGUUCUGGUGGCAUAUUGUUUUUAUUUUAUUAGUCCGUGCCUCCUUUUUGUGGGAGACAAAACUACUUAUUCAAGUUGCUGUAGUUAGUUGCUUUGGAGCAAAAUCGUGUCAUUAAGAUGUAGGCUAUGGCUGCUCAAUUGCUCCUUAGCUGAAUGCAUGCAAUGUCUGGUGGAAAGGCAUAUCAUAUGAAGAAUCAAUCCCAAAUGUCAUCAGAUUCCUCCUCAUUCUCGCAUCAUAUGAUCAGUCAAAUCAUGUUAACUAAGGGCAACAACUUGGCAAAUGUUUUACAUUCUUGAAUUUUGUAAGCUUUUAUGCCUAAUCAUUUGUUGCUGCCUGCCUGCAUCUUAAGUUUAGCCCCAGACAUUUCUAUGAAUAUGAACAUAUGUUUUUGGCAAUUUUAUUGUGAUGUUCAUCAAAAUUUGAGCUGAAAGUGCUUGAGAAUAUAUCUGCAUGAAGUUUCUUUUAAUUGACAUGGGUCAUCUUGAAUUCAGUUUCUGGUUUUACAAUUGGCAAGUUAGUUGUCCUGCGACACUUUGCAAUUUGUGCUUUGUGCCUAGCUGGUUCAUCCCAAUUAAUGUUUUGAUUGUGGCUGCUAUAGUGACUUUAUAGUUAUUUUUUCAGUUGAAAAUGUAGUCGGCCAGCGUCCUGGUUAUUUCAUAUGUUAUUUUUGCACCUGGCAUAAACUCCAAGGGAAGUGUCCUGAUGCUGCUAUUUGAUACUCUGUACUAGAGAUGAUGAUAUUAGCUCCCUUUCUCUUCAAGUCUUGGACCUUGUUCUUCAUCUUCGUAGACAAGCCGAUUGUAGUUUAAUUAACAUGUAGAUAUAGUUCUGUAGCAAAUCCGACUGUUAAUCUAAAGCUUAUACACUAUUCUUUCAAAAUUAUCCAGCUUUCAUCAUUAGUCGUGUCAUCUCAUUAAUUAAUUUCAUCUCGGCUGAGGGGGUCUGUGUUCUCUUCUUUUGUUCU